AUGGCGAACUCAAAGUUCGAAUACGUCAAAAACUUCGAGCAAUCUGACAAUCUCCUACCAAACACGUGGGUGGUGGUCAGGAUUGAUGGACGAGGGUUUACAAAGUUCUCGACUAAAUAUGGGUUUGAGAAACCAAACGACAAACGAGCCCUUGAGCUCAUGAAUGCUGCAGCGAGGGCUGUGAUGGCUGAGCUCCCAGACAUCACCAUCGCAUAUGGCGUGAGCGAUGAGUACAGCUUUGUCUUCCAUAAGACCUGCAGUCUUUUCGAGCGUCGCUCGAGUAAAUUGGUUUCGACAAUAGUUUCCACCUUCACUGCGUAUUAUGUCCAUCUCUGGUCUACCCACUUUCCGGAAACGCCUCUGUCUCCCCCCUUACCGAGCUUCGAUGGCCGGGCCGUGUGUUAUCCAACAGUUACAAACCUACGUGACUACAUGAGCUGGCGGCAGGUUGAUUGCCACAUCAACAAUCUCUACAAUACAACAUUCUGGGCUCUCAUCCAGUUAGGGGGCGUGCAUGCUACAGAGGCUGAAAAUGCCCUGAAGGGGACGUAUGCUGCAGACAAGAACGAGAUUUUAUUUUCAAGAUUUGGGAUUAAUUACAACAACGAACCCGAGAUGUAUAAGAAAGGAAGCGUUGUUUUCCGGGACUAUGAGUUGGUGGAACCUGGAACACAUGACACGGCAACAGAGGCGGAUAACUUAGCAGAGCCGGUUCCGCAAUCAAAGACACAGACGGAAAACGACAAGAAGAGAAGAGCAAAGGCUCGAAUUGUGGUGGAGCAUCUUGACAUUAUCAAGGACGAGUUUUGGGACCGCCGGCCCUGGUUGUUAUCGAAUAAGCCCGGAAAGGUCCCCAAGGAGCCCUGA